CCCAUGUCCAAAAACGCCCUCAAGCGUCUCCGCAGGCAAGAAGAAUGGGAAGCCGGCAAAGACGACCGCCGCAAGCGCCGCAAGGAAAAGCGCCACGAGCGCAAAUCCCGCGUCCGCUCCGAGCGCGCCGCCCUCAUCGCCCAGGGCGUCGACCCUCUGGAGCUGCAGAAGAAGAAGACUCCCUCUACCCUGACCCCCGUGGGCAUCAUCAUCGACUGCGACUUUGAGGAGUACAUGAUGGACAAGGAGCGCGUCUCGCUGUCCAGCCAGGUCACGAGAGCGUACUCCGACAACAGGCAGGCAAGGUACCGCUCGCAUCUCUGGGUCGCGGGCUUCAACAAGGGGAUUGCGAAGCGCUUUCACGAGGUGCUUGGUGGUGUGCACAAGAACUGGAAGGGUGUCUGGUUCCACGACGGCGACUUCACUAGUUGUGCGGCAAAGAUUCGUGAGCGCCUGAAUGCCUCCGACGGCAGCGGAGGUGAAAUGAUUGAGUCGCUACAGCGCAGUCUCGACGAGCCUUCGACAUGGACUCGUGAUGACACCGAUCCUUUUCCUAUUGAUAGUCCGGAGCCGCCUCUGGAUGAGGCGAACAAGGAUAUUGUGUACUUGUCAUCUGAUUCUCCUUACACACUCGAGCGCUUGGAGCCAAACACAUGCUAUGUCGUGGGUGGACUUGUCGACAAGAACCGUGAAAAAGGUCUUUGCUAUAGACGUGCGCGGGAGUUGGGCAUUCGAACGGCAAGACUACCGAUUGGCCAGUUCAUGGUGAUGCAGAGCCGGCAAGUCCUGGCGACGAACCAUGUUGUUGAGAUUAUGCUCAAGUGGCUGGAGUGCGGCGACUGGGGCCAGGCUUUUUUGAGCGUGAUCCCAAAGAGAAAGGGCGGAAGAUUAAGAAGUGAAGAUGUUGGUGAUGGUGAAGAGGUUGAGGAAGGGGGGCAGGAAGAGGAUGAUGAGGACGAUGAAGACGAGGAGGCGGAGGCAUCAGAAACCAAAGCACAAGAUGCUUCAACAGCUGAAGUAUCGGCUGAUGCUGCAGAUGAAAGCCACGCUGAACAAGUAAACGAGACAUCAUCAUAG